GUGUGGUACAUGCAGCACGUACUACGUGUGCUUGUGUGCGAUGCUGCGCACCCGUCUAGUUUUGGGGAGACCGGGGGGAGGGGAGGGGAGGAUCGAACCGAGCGAUGACGCUGUUGCAUCUGUGUCGUCUGCUUUUUGGUGGGGGCCCUCUCAAGGGGCAGCACAUGCACAGCAGUGGUGCGGUGCAAUUAUCGCCUCUUGGUUGUCGUCUUCGUUGUGUAAUUUUCGUUACAUUUUCCGGAGAACCGAACAUGAACGGCCGGCUUGCGGCGCGAUGCACUGUGGUGCGGUGCAAUUAUCGCCUCUUGGUGGUCGUCUUCGUUGUGUAAUUUUCCCGACAUUUUCCGGAGAAACGACCAUGAACGACCGGCUUGCGGCGCGAUCCACAGUGGUGCGGUGCAUUCAUCGCCUCUUGGUUGUCGUCUUCGUUGUGUAAUUUUCGUGACAUUUUCCGGAGAAACGAACAUGAACGACCGGCUUGCGGCGCGAUGCACAGUGGUGCGGUGCAAUUUUCGCCUCUUGGUGGUCGUCUUCGUCAUGUAAUUUUCGUGACAUUUUCCGGAGAAACGAACAUGAACGACCGGCUUGCGGCGCGGUGCAGCAAGCAAUCAAUGCACGUGCGCAGCAAAGAGUAGUCGAGAUGGAGAUGGGAAGCUUUUUAAAAGUGAGCGCUACCGUAACGGCGACACCGAAAAAUUAAUGAUUCCUUCUGACGGCUGUCACGAUGACAACUUCUGUGUCUCUUGUGCUCCACCGGGGAAUCGAAUCGAAUCGAAUCGAAUCGAAUCGAACGGAAGUAAGUAGAGGUGCUGCUUUUCGACCCGUUGGCAUUGGACCGUCUUCAAGGUACCCGUUGGCAUUAGGGCCGUCUUCUUUUUGGCCCCUUUGGCGUUGGGCCGUCUUGAGGGCAGACUGCGUGAGUAUCGACGCGCUUUACAGCCAACUGUCUUUUUGUUACUGCGUAGUACUUGCCGCGCAAGGUUAAAGAGCGGGUCAGCAAUGAUGGUGGCACACCCCUGUCACGCCGUGGCCAGACCGGUAAGCUGAAACAAAAGAAGCUUGUAAGGUCGACACUUUUUUUUCGUUUGGCACAUAAAUGGGUGAUGGUACGCACAUGUAUGGUUUUUCUGUUUUCCGCUUUACCGGCGUGGCCAAAAACAAGUACUGCGCGAACUUUGUCCUGUUUGGUUUUCGCAUGCAUGUGGAUCUUGUUUGUAGUGUGCCGUAUACUGUGGGGAAGGAUGCACCAUUGUACUACUGUCGUAGGUGACGUAAGAUAUCACACCCCCUGGGUCGAUUUUUCAAAGCUCGAGUACUCCGCGAAGUGGACGUAGAAAUCAACGGAGAUGUUUUCGGAUACAUGAUGGAGACGGUUCCAACUCUUCGGUACCAGCACUCUCUUCUGCUUGUGGAGUAGACUACAUAGUAGAGCUUUGAAAAUCGGUGCAGGGGGGGGGUUGGUUACCUCCGUCAUGUCGCCUACGGUACUACUCUGGUUUCUGGUGUAGCGACACUCAGAAAGAAGUAUUCUCAAAGUAUCGUGUACUUUUGUGUGCGUCUUUAUGAUUGGCAUCGACCGCGCUAACCGUGUGUGUAUGUGCAGCCUUAUUGAGGUUGCUGGGGUCUGACUUUGUUACUUUUGCCCCGAGUGUGCUGCUGCAUUUCGCAGGUUUUCUGCGUUGAGGUGUUUUGAUAUUCGAUAUAUUGCUAAGCAGUACAAAAUAUAACUGCUGUUGCAUGAAGUAGGUGACAACACUACUAAAACUUGAUGACAACUUGAUGGCGUUUUUCUUUGUCGCACGCCGAGCAAAACUUGAAUGGUCGAUGAUUCCUUGUAUGUAUGAAGAUCGACACAAAUUCGUGUUUGGUUUCUUCUGCAAAAGCCCUUACCCAGAGGUUGGGACAGAAGAUUUUUAAUUUGUAAUGUUUCCAACUUGAACUAGGUGGGGACAAGAAGCGGGCAGCAAGCGAAGUCUGAAGUCUUGGGGGACUUGCUUUUUUGUUCGCAAAAAUUGCCUUGGGUCACGGGGUAGAUGCAUGAAAACUAAGUGUGGAGCAGU